AUGUCUCAAGAUGAGAAUUUGAACCUCUUGAACAAGCAGAGGAGCAUCAGGCCAAUCAGCCCUCACUUGACCAUCUACCGAUACCCGCUCAACAUGUACAUGUCCAUCUCCAACCGUAUCACCGGUGCAGCUCUCUCCGCAGGCUUGUACGCCGGCGCGAUCGCCUAUCUAGCUUUGCCCUACUUGGGUUUCUUGGACACGUCUCUCGUUCCUUCGACAUUGGGCUUCAUUGCCGGUCUGCCUUUCUGGUUCAAGAUGACCACGAAGAGCAUCUUGGCUGUUCCGUUUGUCUACCACACCAUCAACGGCGUCAGGCACUUGAUCUGGGACUCUGGACGUCUGCUUUCCAACAGCUCCAUGGACACGUCAGGCUACACUGUUCUCGCUCUUACAGGAGUCACCACCGUCGGGCUGGUAGGCUGGGGCGCUUUCUGGUAA